AUGAGUAUUUGGUUUGAUUUAGAAUUGAGAUUAUCAAAAAAUAGAACAAUUGAUAAAGAUGCUCAAGAAAGACUUAACAAGGAGAAAGAACAUUGGAGGAAUGUUUUAGUAAGAAUAAUUGCUAUUGUCAAAAAUCUAGCAAAAACUAAUUUGGCCUUUCGGGGAAGUAAUGAAAAAAUUUACCAAGAGAACAAUGGAAAUUUUUUGAGUUUAAUUGAAAUGAUUGCUGAAUUUGAUCUAAUAAUGCAAGAACAUGUUCGACGUAUUCAAAAUGGUGAUAUUCUUAAUCAUUAUUUGGGACAUAGAAUUCAAAAUGAGUUGAUACAAUUGUUAGCAAGUGAAGUGAAAAAUACAAUUUUGAAAAAAAUCAAAGAAGCAAAAUAUUUUUCAGUUAUACUUGAUUGUACUCCUGAUUUAAGUCAUCAAGAACAAAUGUCUCUUAUACUAAGAUUUGUAGAUACUUCAGUUAGUCCCAUAAGAGUGGAAGAAUAUUUUUUGGGAUUUUUGAAAGUAGAUGAUACUUCAGGAAAAGGUCUAUUUACCGAACUUAUAAGAGAAAUUGAAAGUUUGAAACUUGACAUUAAUGACAUAAGAGGGCAAGGAUAUGAUAAUGGGUCCAACAUGAAAGGAAAACACCAAGGUGUACAAAAAAGAUUAUUAGAGAUAAAUCCUAGAGCAUUAUAUACACCUUGUGGUUGUCAUAGUCUUAAUUUAGUGAUUUGUGAUGUUGCUAAUUCUUGUGUUAAAGCUGUAACAUUUUUUGGUGUUUUACAACGUAUAUAUUCAUUAUUCUCUUCUUCACCUAAGAGAUGGACAAUAUUGAAAAAUAAUAUAUCUACGUUAACUGUGAAAUCAUUGUCUCAAACCCGUUGGGAAAGUCGUAUUGAAAGUGUUAAGGCAAUUAGAUUUCAAGCUCCAAAAAUAAGAGAUGUUUUGCUUGAACUAGCAGAAUCAAGUGACGAUCCUAAAGUAAAGAGUGAAGCUAAGUGUCUAGCAACUUUUGAAUUAGAGAAUUUUGAAUUUUUAUUGGGCAUGACUAUUUGGUUUGAUAUUUUAUUUGCUGUCAAUUCAAUUAGUAAAAAUUUACAAAGUCAAAAUAUAGAAAUUGACAAUGCUAUAAAUCAGCUAAAUGGUCUAGUUUCUUAUUUUGAAAAUUAUAGGAAAGAAGGAUUUGUUUCAGCUAUGAUUACAACUAAAGAAAUUUCAAAUGAGAUGGGAAUUGAGCCUAAAUUUUGUGAAAAGCGUGUGGUUCGUAGAAAAAAACAAUGUGGUGAAAAUAUUGGUGAUGGAAUUUUAAGUGUAUGCGCCGUGAAGGACAAGCAGUCAUAG